AUGGUUUGCUGUGAUAUUGAUAGGCACAGCUACAGCCAGUAUCCCCUGGAAGGCCUAAAUAAGAUCGCCAAUCCGAUCGCAUUGUUGUGCUUUCUAGUGCGACGUUUAUGCUCCAGGGGCACUUCGAGGGGCUUAUCAGAUGUACAGCAUUUGUCGGUAAUAGCCACUUUGUAUAAGUGGCCCACACCGUUCCUCCUUCAUCCUCAAUAUUCUGUCGUGCUCAACCUAAAUUCUCACCCGGCUCAUCUUCUGGCCACGCCUCCAGCAAAACUCACUGCCACACACUGCCCUAAUUACACCUUCGUCCAAUGA